AGAGAGAGAGAGAGAGGGAGAGAGAGAGAGAGAGAGAGAGAGAGAGAGGACUGCCCAGUGUACAGGAGACGGAGGGGGACCCUGAGACAACACGUCCCACGCCGGAGCCGGAGCCAGACAGCCGGGGAACUUUGAUUCGACGCCAAGUGACGAGCCUGCGAUUUAACAAGCGACCGACGGAGGAGGACGAUGGAGAGGAAGAGCCGCGUUCCCCCGCAGCAGCGGGAGGCUCACUGCUGUUAGACACGAUGACAACGUGCCCUCGGACGCCCCCGCCCCCCCGCCACACGCGCCCCGCGAAGAUUCUGUGAGAAUUCGACCCGCGAUCUCGCUCCUCGACGCCGCCGCGCCGCUGCGCCCCGCGCGCGCGCCAGCUCCGCCGCGCCGCUGCGCCCCGCGCGCCUGCUCCGCCGCGCGCCUCGUCUCCAGCUCCGCCGCGGACGGGAUCUCCAGCCGCGAUGUCUGCAACGUUUCUCUCUUUGUUUCUGGUUCUGCUCAGCCUGCUGUCGGUGGGCGCCCAGACGGAGAUGAAGAAGGUCGUUGGGGACAAUGCCACCUUACCGUGCCACUUCCAGUUCCCGUCGUCCAACCCCCUCGACAUCGAGUGGAUCCUGCUGCAGAAGCCCAACUCCAAACAGAGAGUGAUCAUCACCUUCUUCGGGGGUCAGGUCUACACCAAUGAGGCGACGGGCAGCGAGGCCAGCCGCCUGUCCUUCGCCGGCGAGUACCUGGCCGGCGACGCCUCCCUGAUGAUCAGCGACCUGCUGCUGACCGACUCCGGGGAGUACUCCUGCAAGGUCAAGAGCGGGGGCAAGUACCACUGGAGCCAGGUCAACCUCAUUGUGCUGGUCAAGCCUUCCCAGCCGAGGUGCUGGAUGGACGGCAAGCUCCUGGAGGGCAGCGAUGUCAAGCUGAGCUGCAAGUCCAGCGACGGCUCCGAGCCCAUCGGCUACAAGUGGGAGCGAGUGCUGGACAAAGGCAAGAGUCUGGGCAAACUGCCAAACCUGGCGCUGAUAGAUCUGAAGAACCCAGAGAUUGUGACCCUGAGGAACCUCACCAUGGACAGCACCGGCGUCUACAGGUGCACGGCGAGCAACGACGUGGGCGAGGAGAACUGCACCAUCGAGGUCACAAUGCAGCGUGAGUUCUCCGAGGACGUGAGGGACGUGGGGAUGGUGGCAGGCGCCGUGGUGGGAAUAUCCCUCGGCGUCCUCAUCGUCCUGCUAAUCAUCUGGCUCGUCUUCCGGAAGAAGGAGAAGAAGAAGUACGAGGAGGAGGAGACUCCGAAUGAGAUCAGGGAGGAUGCGGAGGCUCCCAAGGCCAAGCUGGUGAAGCCCAACUCCCUGUCCUCGUCCCGCUCCGGCAGCUCGCGCUCCGGGGCCUCCUCCACGCAGUCGAUGGUGCACAACAGCGCCCAGCGCGGCCACCGCCCCCGCCCGCCCGCCGUGGCGGCCCUGAAGGAGAACGGACAGCCGCCGGGCUUCCCCCAGUCCCCUCCGGCCUACACCACGGUGGUGCCCCCCAAGAACCCCGAGCCCCCCGCCACUCCCAAAUACAACUCCAGGAACACGUCCGGGCCCACACCUCCGACCCUCAUGGUCCCCGCCCAGACCAAGGCCUUUCAGACUGUGUAGGACUGAAGGCCGACCCCCACCCCCCCCCCCCACCCCCCCCCCCCC